AUGCCAUACACACUCCAACCAGGCGGUUACAUCGACCCAACCUCCAAUUUCAGCGCCGGAGCCGUCGAAGUCGACCCAAGCGCCCCCGGAAAUGUCAUGCGCUAUGCUCUAGGUUUCGAAACCAUGGCCAAUGCCGUCGGCGGAACAUGGAUGGUCUUUUUCCCCAAACACUUUCUAAGCAUGCUCGUAAACUCAUCUGCCGACAUCACGCCUGCAGCAGUGACCUGGACCCAAGUCACCGGUGCUCUGGUCUAUGCUCUUGCUACGCCUCUGGUUCUGUCUAUUCCAAACACUAGACGGGGCAUCGAGAGUAGAGCGCCCACUUACUACACUCUUGCUGCUGGUGAAGUUGGUGUUGUGGCUGUGGCUUUGUACAAGGCUUUUGUGUUUGGAGAUGACAGUGGAUGGAGCAGAAAUGCUUUGCUGGCUGCUAGUGCUGUGCUGGCCCCCACCCUGGCUUGGAGACUAUACGUGCUGUUUGGCAAGCCAGAGUGGGUCGGGAGAUAUCGCGAACUCUCACGCAAGAGCAAGUAG